UUUACGAAGAGGGUGUGCUUGUGUGUGCUUUUUUUGUUUUUAAAAAGCACAACAACUAAACAGCUAAUAAAAAAGGGGGAAGGACGGGUUCAUAAUCCUUUUUUCCUUUUUUUUUUGUUUGUUUCCGGAAAAACGCGUUUUUUUCCUUUCCAAAUUUAUUCAAGUUCGCUGCGACAAAAGCCUCUUUGCAAACUAAUUUUUUUUCCAAUUGAAAUUUUUUUGGCGUGAUAAUUCCCUUCCUCUCCCUUUUCCCCCCGCCCCCCUUUUUUCUUCCCCCCUCCCAAGAACCCGAGUUGUUGGUUGUUGACCAUGAAUGCAAGAGUGAAUUCCGGGCCGUAGACUUGAGUGGCCCCCGCUGCGCUGAGCACAGGCCCGCCUCUUCCUCUUGAGCAAGGAAGAGAACAACCCCCGCAAGGAGGCCAAUCGCACCAGCCAUGCCCAGCCCCAAUUAAAGCGGCAGAGGGGAGGAGGAUUUUUUUGUCCUGCCCGGGGCUUAGACUGAGGGAAGGAAGGCUAGUGGGGUGUGUUGUAGGCCUCUCCCUCCUAGGGGAGUGCUAGAUCGAGAGAUCGACUUGGGAUUCAAAAGGCCAGAUAAUCUCCCAAAUCUUCCCUCCACCUUUUUAUCAAUGGCCACCAUGAUCCCUCUUCUCUCCCACAGCCGCAGCCUCAGGGCAACCAUGUGCCUGAUGAUGAGCAGGAUGAAGCUAGAAAUGACUCUGCUGUUUUCCAAACUCCUUGCUCCUCUGCAAACCAGCACACUGUUGUCUGUGGUUGAUUAUUUUGUUGUUGGUAGGGAAACGUCUUACCUCCCAGGACAUCCACUCCUGUUCUGCACUCCCUCCUUUGCUUUCUACCAAGUCGAAUAAUUCUUGAAAAAAGAAAAAGCCAGGCAGCAUAGCAAUAGCAGAGAUCUUGAAAAUAAUCAGCAGUCAUGAAUCUGGGCGGGAUAGAACACUGUCUUUAAUUUCAGUUUUUUGUUUUUUUGGGGGGUGGCAGCGUGGGGCAAGAAACCCGCCCAAAUGGAUUGGGUCCAUGCCCAUUAUUGCUUUUUAUUCUACACACAAAUUGUGAUAAGAUUUCCCCCCCAUUCUUGCCCACUUAUUCCUGUGGUUUAAACUGUGUAUAUCAGUGUAUUUUCUUCAAAUUUCUUUGGGCUUUUGACAAUACUGUGCAAACUUUUUGUCCAAUGAUGGUUGGACUAAUAGUUACUUUGUUUUAUGACCCCUCUAAUAAGACAGUCUUGUAAAACAUUUGCCUAAGGUGCAUUUUUGGGUUACGCCUGUGUUCUAUUGAUUCAGUGGUAUUAGCAGGAAUAAAAUGACUUGUUUCUGUUGUACUCGAGUCUUAUGAAAAAGGGCCCAUAGUUUAGUGAAGGUUUCAAAAGGCUUUAGUACCAUCUGUAUUACAAAAUGGGGGACCCAAACUCCCGGAAGAAACAAGCUCUGAACAGACUUCGUGCUCAGCUUAAAAAGAAAAAAGAAUCUCUAGCUGACCAGUUUGAUUUCAAGAUGUAUAUUGCCUUUGUAUUCAAAGACAAGAGGAAAAAGUCAGCGCUCUUUGAAGUGUCUGAAGUGAUACCAGUCAUGACCAAUAAUUAUGAAGAAAAUAUCCUGAAAGGCGUGCAGGAUUCCAGCUAUUCCUUGGAAAGUUCCAUAGAGCUUCUACAAAAGGAUGUGGUUCAGCUGCAUGCACCCCGCUAUCAGUCUAUGCGCAGGGAUGUGAUUGGCUGUACGCAAGAGAUGGACUUCAUACUUUGGCCUCGGAAUGAUAUUGAGAAGAUAGUCUGUCUUCUGUUUUCUAGGUGGAAGGGAUCGGAUGAUGAGCCCUUUAGGCCUGUUCAGGCCAGGUUUGAAUUUCAUCAUGGUGACUAUGAAAAACAGUUUCUGCAUGUACUGAGCCGAAAGGACAAGACUGGAAUUGUUAUCAACAACCCUAACCAGUCAGUGUUUCUCUUCAUUGAUCGACAGCACUUGCAGACUCCAAAAAACAAAGCUACAAUCUUCAAGUUAUGCAGCAUCUGCCUAUAUCUGCCACAAGAGCAGCUCACCCACUGGGCGGUUGGUACCGUAGAGGAUCACCUCCGUCCUUACAUGCCAGAAUAGGGUACUGGCCAGCAAAAUGGGGAAGAUCACAGAAUGCAGGAGUGCAGUUUUCACUUUUCUCACCAUUUAUUCUUUCGGAAUAGAAGAAAAUGGACACAUGUUCAGAACACUAUCCAUCGUGGAACUUGAUCAUCCUGGAUUAUUUUCUUUUAUCAUUUGUAUCUCAGAACUUUAAAAUUUUUUUUUAGAUGUUUUCUGCAUGGACCUUGUGAAAGAGAAUGCUCUGCAUAUUUCUGCAUUGUAUGAGCAUCCUACCAAAAUGUGAAACGAAGGGACUGUUAUACACUGAAAGAAAUGUAUCUGAGAGCACAAAGUGAUCAUAUAUGGUGGUGUUCCCAUUUGUGCUGGUCAUGUCCCCUAAUAUCAGUAUUCAUAGGGUGAGGAAUGAAUGUAAUGGUGUGAAAGCCAUAAGCUUUGCUGUUAACACGAUUGUAUCAGGUUCAUGAAUAGGUCUAUGGCUUGUUACAAUAGAUGGCUAAAUGUGGGAAAGAAAUCUUUUAAGGAAAAAAGAGCAUCUCAUUUGGUGUAGGCAUUAAUUGCCUCUUUUAUUUUGCUUGGCCUUGUUUGAGUUUCCUGGCAUUCUCACUUUUGGAUCUCUUUCCCCAGUUUGCUGUGUAACUAAAUGUAGAGUGUUCUGUUGAGUUGAAUACAUUUUUACAGACCUGGAGUCUGAAGUAGCCUAAAGCAGCUAAAUUUAAGAUAGCAGCUGCAGAAACCACGUUGGCAGAGGAUUAUUAUUUUUUUCCUGACAGUUGACUUGUGAACUGUAGGAAAUACUGGUUUCCAAAACAUUUCUUAUGGAAAACCCUCUGAGGUUCUUUUUUGGGGGGAGGGGAGGAAUAAAGCAGUUGUGGAUUUAAUUGUAAAAUAUUGUUUGGAGUGUCAAAGUUGGUUUUGACAGAACAUAUUUUGUUUAAGAUUGUGCAAUGAACAUAAGGAAGACUACUGUAUAGCUUUGGCAAAGAAAGCUUUGCUUAAAGGGUUGAGUAAUUUGACUGAAGUAAAUCUGUAUAAGCCUACUCCCUUUGGGUAAAACUAGUGCUUAUCUGUUUAAAAAAAUCUGUAUUUAGCUUUUGUUUGGAAUUGGAAAAAAAUUAAAAAUAAACAAAUUAGGUGACCAAA